GCGCUGUUAAAAAUUGUAUUAUGGACUAUUAUCAUACAUUAUUUUCCUCACGAAUUGCAAAGAUGAUUUGUUAACUUUUAAAAAACUAGCUAUCGUAUUAGCAAAACAGAAUUUCCCCUUUUUUUUUCCUGUACGCCUAUUUGCUUAUUUUCCCCCAAUUUUCACAUUACGAAGCCGCAUUUUUGUGACAUACCGCUUGAAUAUAACCCCCAAGCGGAUACCUCCCAUCACUUAAAAGGGACAUGAGUCAAAAUGCCUUUGAAUGUAGUAAUCCCAGCUGAACCGAAGGACCCUUCGAUGAUUUACAAAUUUAAUAUAAAUGAAACUUACUCUGGAGACCUGGAAGGAAUUCUCGUUUUAUGCUUUUUAGCAAUUCUCCUUGGCGUAUUCUUCAAGGUCAUCGAAAUUAUUUUUGUUGCCAUCUUCGUGCUGAUUUCAAUAUUCCUAACCGCGCGGAACGGAGAAAUAAACAUCAUAUCGAUACUGCCGAUGAUAAUAAUGGUCGCGAUGACGUCGAGCAUGACAUGGCUUCAACAAAAGAACCUUAACAAAAGACAGCUGAGCAAGUUCGAGAUUUGAUGCUGUUCUUCGGAAGCUUACCCUGCACCAGACGCGUUAUUUUUUUUUCUCCCCAUCGUAUGCCUUUUUUGUUUUUUUUUUCGUUACCAUUGGUAUACUUUCUCCUUUAACUUUGCUGAUUUUUUAAAAAUUAUCAC